AUGAAAGGUGCUCUCAGACUUGCACGCGUGACGUCGGGGGAAAAGAAGGCGACCAAUACAUCAGCACAGCGUCUCUGCGACAGGAGCACGCGCACCAUCUCCUACCUACACGGGGAGCAAGCUUUCCUUGGGCCGUUCUAUUUACGUUUAUGGCGUCGACUCCGCCCCCCACCGUGGACGAGCAGCCGGUACCGCCCCUUGCGGCCAUGUAAAGGAAGACGGGGCGUGACCCAGGGGUGGCUCGCGGCCUUUUUGGUGCCGUUUAUACGAUAUACCCACUUCCGCUAUCCACUUAGAAGCGGUGCGAUCAUGGCGGAGCGUGGUCAACUCCCUUUCCCCGCUAAGCGCCUCUGUUGCAGACCUGGCUAUGGCUCGGCCAGCAGGCCAGGCCAACGGGCAGGCGGCACUAGCCUCAGCAGUGGAGUGCUCUGCGCCGGACCCUCCUCCGCAACUGCUGCUGUAGCUGCUGCCGCUGCCGCUCUGGGGCUGCUACCGCUCGGCAAGACCCAGAGCCCCGAGUCCCUGCUGGACAUCGCGGCUCGCAAGGUGGCGGAGAAGUGGCCCUUCCAGCGGGUGGAGGAGCGGUUCGAACGGAUCCCAGAGCCGGUGCAACGCAGGAUUGUCUACUGGUCUUUCCCCCGCAGCGAGAGGGAAAUCUGCAUGUACUCCUCCUUCAACACCGGUGCCGAGGAUCUUACCACCGCCCCCGGGGGGGCCGCCGGCGGUACCGCGCCCGGUGGGGGCGCGGAUACCGCCGCCGUCGACGAGAACCACCUGCCCUUUCACCGGGGCAUCGUUCUGCUGGAUGGCGGCUAUGUCGACAAUGUCCUACAAGUCGAUCCAGAACACGGAAUAACUACUUCGCUCUGCUCUGUGACGUAUCCACGACGCCUGCCGCCAACGGCCGGCCCGGUCUCUGACAGGAGGGUUGGGCACGCUGCCCUUUGCCUGUCCCUUUAACUUUCCCGAUGCGUUGUGCCCGCUCCAUGUAAUCCAGAGCGUGUAAUCCCGUUUGGCUUUGCUUCCUUCCAGCUCCCCACAUUUGGCAAUCCGGGUCAUCACCAUACCCCGAGCCACAAUAGCAAGGAGAUGCCUCCGCUUCCCCCCCCUUCACAACCGCUGGUUGAAAUGAAUCAGCAGAAGGGGGACGACGAGGGAAGAGGGCGGGAGGCGCCUCAAUCCAAAAUAAAGACUUAAAAGAGGGUGCGGGCCCCCAGGAGUGGGUGUGUGGUGCGGGGAAAGCUGCAAACAAAGGCAUUUCUAGGGCGGCGGCGAGCCAGAGGGUGGAGGCGCGAUUUGCUCAGGCCCCACCACUGGGAGGAGCGGGGGAAGUGGAUGUGACGGCGGGGAGCUGCUGCAGCUCGGGCGCGGAGGGGCUCACGGAUUACUUUAGGAUGAGCCCCUGCGUGACAACGGCGAGGUGAGGAGAAAAUUGCUGCUCUUUCUUCUUCUGGAGCAAUACUUCCCUCCCCCCUUCCGCUGCUGUUCCCGCACGAAGCGACCGCCGCCUCCCACUGUUUUUUCCCCUCUGCGAGCUGGUGACCCUGGUUAAUUCCUUCCUACCUCUGUUUAAAGGGCACUGGAGGUUGGUACUCUCCGCCCCUACGGCNGGGGGGGGCGGGCGGAAGCGGUUUUGCCUUGCCGUGUGUGAGUGAGUGAGAGCGAGCUACUACUCCCACCCGCAAGCAGGCCCCGUUGGGGUGGUGGUGGCUCUGUGGGGAAGGGGUUUAUAACUUCCCCAGGAAACUUUCGCCGAGGAUGCUGCUCUUGCACUUUGUGCGGUCCGGGCGCAUUACUGUACGCAUCGCUAUGCGUAUUGCUGUGCGGCGGUGCCUUGCGCUGGAGGCGGCGACUGGACACUUUGUUCUCAUUUUAACGUUAAUGUUCUCAUCGAUUUUCUGCCUCCCACCGAAAGGGAAAGCCAGACAAAAGAUUUUAUCGCUUCUCACUGCCGGCUCGACAAUUGGGGCAGGGCGGGACGGCGGCUCCACGCGGCCGAUCCUUCUGUCCCGCCCUGUACUGGGCCGGACCGUCUUCUGGCGGUGCAUUGACUGCGGCAGCUGCUCGCCCUUUAUUCGCUGAGCCGUGCCGAGUUAUAGCGCCAUCCCUGCUCUCGGUGCUGCGGUUCGGGGUCGGAGGGUGCUGGGCUCUCCGACGGCCUUCUCUGCAGCGGGUUUCACUUCGCGGGCAGCCUGCAAACUUGCCUUCUACUUUCUGAAGGGAAGCUCUUGCUGUUCCUGGAUUAAGUGCCUUCCUGCCUAGGUGGACUUCAGCUUUAGAUAUGAGUGGGUUUUUUGUGGUGUUUUUUUGUCUUUUUUUUUUUUUAAUUCUUAAGGUUUUUUUUUUUUAAAUUAACUGUUUAAUAAGUUUAAUGUUUUGGCUUUCUCUCCUUUUUUUCUAAAGGUCUGAGGUGCAUUGGUGGUUCCUCAGGACUGGCAAAACCAGAAGUAGGACCUUUUUAGUUUGAUUGGCAGUGCUGAGACUUUUUUCCUUUUGCUUGCACUUGAUACUCUUUGCAAGCAAUGAGGAAUGGCAGAAGUGCACAUAGGGAGGUGUUUCUUAGUUGAUUACAUUUAAACUAGGAAUUCACUUUGAAAAUAAAGCCAAGGGGUGAUAAAAAUGGAUGCAAUCUUUUUUAAGACACCCAGUGUGGGCUUGGCUUUGCUUGCUUUCAAGCAGUGGAAUAGGCCUCAAUGAGUAGUUGUGAAUGAAAAAAAAAAAUUUAAUAGCUUCAAAAGAAAGUAAUGUUGGGAAGGGUCAAUGUGGAGAAAGAAAAUAUGCAUAAAUAGAACUGAAGUAUUGACUGCUGCUUCUGUACUCCUUAACUGCAUUCUAAAAUGCUAUACCUACUAUUGAAAAUAUUUCAGUUGGGUUUGGGUUUGAUUUUUUUUGUUUGUUUGUUUACCUUAUAUGGGCCUAUUUUGGAAGGCUGCACAAAAAUAGUGGAAGCUGGUGAUAUGAAGCAUGUCAGUUGUAUUUUUAAGGACAUUGCCCAAAUGUCUGUUUGACAGACAUGGGACAUUGUUCCUGCUGUAUUUAGCAUUGGUGCAGCUUUCCCUCUGGUACUGUUCUGGGCCCCAUAAUUUAAGAAGGAUGUGAAGGUCCUUGAAUUGCCCUCAGAGGAGGGCAACAAAGCUGGUGAAAGGGCUGGAAGGAUUGUCCUAUAAGGAGCAGCUGAUGGCUCUGGGUUUGUCUAGUUUGGCAAAAAGGAGGCUGAGAGGUGACUUGGCUCUCUACAGCUUACUUUGGAGAGGAAGUGGAGAGGGAGGUAUUGACUUCUUCUCCCUGGGAUACAGUGACAGUAUGCAUGGGAAUGGUUCACAGCUGUACCAGGAAAGUUCAGACUGGACCUGAGGAAGCAUUUCUUUACCGAGAGGGUGAUCAAACACUGGGACAGGCUUCCUACAGAGGUGGUUGAUGCCUCAAGUUUGUCACUGUUUAAAAGGCAUUUGGACAAUGCCCUUAAUAACAUGCCUUAAUUUUUGGUCAGCACUAGAAUUUUUAAAGUUAUUUUAAGGAGAAAAUGAAUUGUAAAUCUCUUCCUAUCAUAGUUUUUAAAACAAGGAGUCUUCUAUAAAAGUUUAAAUUGGGUUGACCUAACAAAAUUGUUCAUCAUUUGUUUUAGGUCAGUUUUCAUGCUUCUCACAUUUAAUUUCCCCUUGAAUUCAGGGCUUCCCUUGCUCUCAAGAAAUCAAAGUUUGCUUUCAGUUUAGGAAAGGUAUUCCAUUGUGGACUGACACUGGUCAAAUGCCAGGCACCCACAAAAGUCGCUCACUCACCCUCCCCUGCCACAGCUGGACAGAGGAGAGAAAAAAUUUAAUGAAGGCUUCAUGAGUUAAGGACUGGGAGAAAACACUCCAAGGGCAAAACAGUCUCAACUUAGAAGUACAAAGUGAGUUUAUUACUAACAAAAUCAGAGGAGGACAAUGUGAAGUAAAAUAAGCCCUUAAAAACACCUUUUCUUCCCCAAACCCCUCCCUCCUUCCCACCAGUGCAGGGAGACAGGGCAUAGGGGAUUUGGUCAGUUUGUCACCCAAGAUCUUCUUUUGCUGCUCAGGGAGAGGAGUCAUUCCCCUGUGAGACCAUGGGGUCCCUUCCCACAGGAGACAGAUCUCUGUGAACUUUUCCAACAUGUGUCUAGUCUCACAAGCAGCAGUCCUCCCAAAAUUGCUGUGGUGUGGGUCACUCUUCCACAGGGUGCAGUCCUCCAAGGACAGGCUGCUCCAGACUGGAAGCAGGGGCCCCUCUCUCCACUGGGUGUCCCACUGGAUCACAGCCUCCUCCAGGCAUCGACCCACUCUGGUGUACCUCCUCCAUAGGCUGUGGGUGGAUCUCUGCAUCCCCAGUGGACCCCCAUGGGCUGCAGUGGGACAGCCUGCUUCACCAUGGUCAUCACCACGGCCUGCAGAGGAAUCUUGGCUCUGGUGCCUG